GAAGUACAUGAUUGUCUAUGGGAAAAAAAUGAUGUUUCAUUAAAAAUUAUGAGCAAUUAACGUCAAGCAACACUAAAUUUUAAACGUCAAAAAAUCAAAAAAGCCGCAAAGGCGAUCGUAGUUUAUUUAGUUUUUAGUGUUAUUUGUUAAAUUAUUAUUAACAUAAACUCCUAAAGAGUGCUCUAACCAUAAUUUUAUCUAGUCUUAGUUAUAUAUACGGUAUUUUAGCUCGCAAUUCCAAAGCAAUGACCAUGUUAUUGUGCCAUAAAACUGUUGAUUGACGAUCCUUUGUUUGCAACUCGCCUAUUUCUGCGGCCGUGGACCAAUGAUUAAGUGUUUUGUGGACUAGAAUACCAUUAUUGCUCACUGUUUUUACUUAUACAGCUUCGGAAGCAGGUAUUUCGAGGUUUAAUCAAGCUAAAAUCGUCGACCAUAGAUUGUGGUUCGUUGUAAUAUUUCGUAACACUCCGCCUUGUGUUUUCUGCGAGAAACAUGGCUGUAUUGCUCAAUUUCGGCCGUGGAUGCUUUUCAAACAGCCUGAAACAGGGAUUUGGUGGUAAACACAUAAGAUUCCAAUAAGAAUUAUAAGGAUGUCAGCAAUAGACACCAAACAAGUGUGGCCCAACAUUUCGAGGGGUAACCUUGAUGAGAAGUACGAGAAAUGUCGAAAUAUCACCGAGGAAAUAUACAAGAGAAUUAACAUAACAUUUCAAAUUAAAAAGCUGGAAAUGGGGACUCAAAGUGAUGAUUCGGACCAAAGUGACGUAAUCGACAGCAACGAACUAAGCAACGAGACUGACUUGUUCGCGUGCGACAAGAGCAGCAUAUCCAGCAGUUCAGAGUUGGAGCCCGAGGCGCCUGCGAGGGCUGUCAACAUCAACAACAACGAGGAGAAAAAGAAAACUGUCGCCCGGCGGCCGAGGAAGAGAUUCCGUAAGAGAGUCAAGAAGCGUCCCGUGGCUGAACCAGACUCGGACGCGUCCAGCGAUUCCGCGGCGCCCCUCAGCCGCAUGUUGGGGGAGCGGGUGGUACCUAACAUAGUGAUCAUCACUAAAGACGCCAAACCGCGCAUCAAGACGCCAGAACGUAAGCCGUGGAACACCAAAGACAAGGGCGAGACCAGAGACAAAACAGACAAUGCUAUAGAUAAAGAGAAGAGCGAGCUCAAAGCGUGCAGCAUGUGCAGUCUGUGCUUCAGAGGCGAAAGAGGAUUAAGGCGCCACAUGAAUAUGACGCACAUCACUCCAGAUGAUCCCCGAAAGCGUGAAAGAGACAACAGUCCGGCUUAAGGUACUCGCCAACGGCCAACGAGCGCUGUCUCACUCUAACAUACAGGGUGGCAAAAAAAAGUGCAUUCCCGUUGCCAGGGAGGUUUUGGGAUUAUACUGUGCAACUUUUACUAUGGGACCAACCACGAAAUCGCGAAAAAAAAUUAACCUUUCCAUAGAAAACGGACCAGCCAAAGUGUAUGAACAGUCAAAUAUUUUUUCGCGUUUUCGGGGUAGGUCUCGUAGUAAAAGUUGCUUAGUAUAAUCCCAAAAACCUCCCUGGCAACGGGAAUGCACUUAUUUAUUUGCCACCCUGUAUACGUUGUAUAACUUAGUUCGUUGGCCCUGUGGCAAGCAUCGAUAUGAAGAAUUCAUAAAAGACAUAUUUUUUUAGAUAAAAUGCAUUUUUGUCAACUUUAUUAGUGAGACACAGACAUUUAAAUCGACUAGAGUCAGACCGAACUAACUCUCACAGACUGCCAUGACAAAGUGUGCGGGUGUCAUCAGAAACGUAAGAUUUAUAUACAAUUUGACGUAUAUUGUGAUUCCACAAUUUGUCAUGUCAAAGUGGGUGCAGAGUUAGCUUAGAUGGACUGACGUCUCUGAAAACAUAAAUAUCCAUUUUUAAUAUAAGUUUAUUGCCUUUUUUGUGAGACUAGUUACAUAUAAAAGUUGAUAAAAAUGAUAGUAAAAUUAUUAAAAAAAAAAUUAGAAAAGUGUGAACUUCGAAAUGUAAUGCCGUCUCUAUCUACCAUAUCAGGAGACCACGUGUCGAAAGAGGACAGAUAUAGUUAGCGAUUCCGUUUUCGGUUGGGAUUUUGAAAAUAUAGUCUUCAUUUAGGUAUUUAAAAGAAUAUAAACUAAGUAAUUGCCAAUUAUUUCUUACUAAAGUAAGGACUUAUACUUUCGUACAUCGACCCGCCAUGUCCUAUCUCUAUCGCACGCGCGUAAUUAUAUCACUGUCCCGUUCGUGAUGCCGAUGGAUGACGUCAAUGUGCGACCGGGACAGCGAUAUAAUUAUGCACGUGCGAUAGAGAUAGGAAAUGGCAGGCCAAUGUACACAAUACUUACAUUCUUUUAAAUGCCCUAAAGUAGACCUCGUAGAAUCGCGUAUACAAACUUAAAUGUGCGUUCGGCUUCAAUUUAGCUAGUUCACGUUUUGUACGAACUUGCAUUCAUUAUAUAUUUCGCCGACCGCACAUUUAACUUUGUUUUAGUUGUAAGGACGUUUUGUUUCCUAGUAUUAAGAAUUUCGGUGUGAUUUUUGGACGUUUUAAAAAUGGUUGAAGUGAUAUGUGGAAUUGAAGCAUUUGUGGCUGGUUCGUGCUGUCUUGAUUUGUCAAAACACUGCUUUUAUUAUAACAAGAAUUGACUUUGACUGAGAGAAUUGACUUCAAAAACAAUAUGUAGAAUGGGGUUGGCAACUGACAAAGGUUUGCAGAGAUGGCGCCAUCAUAGCUUGGCCCUUUUUCUAUUAGAUUUGGCUUAAAGGGCUGGCAUCCAGGGCAUUAAAAAAACAAAAAAUUGACACAAUUCUAGGGAUUGACAGGGCAAGCUAUGCUGGCGCCCUCUGCUAAUUAUUUCGACCGUCCAACCCCAUUGGAAGACAAGCCUCCAAAACAUUAUAAUUAAUUCUUCAGUUGCAUUAUCAAAAAUUUUGACAAUUAUAUAUUUUUUUCAAUUAAACAAAAAAUAAACAAAUCCAU